GCUUCUCCAAAUUGACACACACACUUCACACAAAUGAUAAAGUUGAACACAUACAUUGCGCAGAACAGAGUGAUGAAGCUUGCCUGGUGAUGUUGUUUGCAUGGUAGAUAAGCUGCUUGCUAAACACCAUUACAACGCUGUAGAAUGACUCAUUGCUAAACUGUUGAAGGAUAAACUGUUUGUGAUUUGAGAGGGUGUAAGCAACGGCUUUUGGGGUCAAAAUGACUCGUGUUUCAGAGUGCCUGUUGCUUUACCUGUCAAUCAUGUUCCUGUUAUUUACCGUUCAAAGUUCACAAGCGCAACAAAGAAGUGAAAAUGUGGUGAAAACUAAUGUGUUUCUAUCACCUAAAUUUGUGUCGGAACCUGGACUGGUUUCUGACAAGUUUUACUACAAUAUUAACUUUCCUAGAGGUCAUAUUGCUCUCAAGAGUUUUAACGGCGAAGUAAUUGAUGAGAAAGGGAAUCCAGUUCCCCUUCAUGAAACUUAUCUUCACCAUUGGGCUGUCCUAAGAUACUACCAGAGAAAAGGUAUAGACACUCCUAAGCACCAUGAAGAUCAUAUUGCCAUAAAGAAUAGUGGGCUUUGUGAUAGCCUCUCACAGUACUUUGGGCUGGGAUCGGAGACUCGAAGAACAGCCACUUACGUGCCGGAUCCUUAUGGAAUUGAAGUCGGUAAUCCUGCGGAUAUCCCUGAUGGGUACGAGGAGCGAUGGUUGCUUAAUGUGCAUGCAAUUGACACCCGGGGUGCCGAAGACAAGGUGAGUUGCACUGAGUGCAGGUGUGACUUAUACAACAUUACUGUGGAUGCACAUGGUCGUGCCUUGCCUGUGAACUAUACCGGUGGCUGGAAAUGUUGUUAUGAUAAUAGAAGAUGCAGGGUGAAGGAAGGGUUUAAAGGUGUGAAGAGAAGCCUUUUCUUGAGGUACACAGUGAAGUAUGUCGAUUGGGACGCCUCAAUCGUGCCAGUUAAAAUCUUUAUACUUGACGUCACUGACAUAUGGACGGAGGGGGAUGAGUCCAGAGGGCUCAAAGCUAGACAUCAUUGCCUGGAUGAGUAUGAUGUUGAAUCUUGUCCAAUUGGCACAACCGAUGAUGGCUGCAUUCAUACCAAAACCUUAAAUGUUACUUUCCCAACGGGUGACGAUGUUGUAUAUGGGGUUGCACAUCAACAUGCGGGAGGCAUUGGUUCAACUCUUUAUGGCGAGGGAGGGCGAGUAAUAUGCUCAUCGAAUCCAACUUAUGGGACAGGAGAAGAACCUGGAGAUGAGGCCGGUUACAUUGUAGGAAUGUCUACCUGUUACCCUUCACCUGGCUCUGUCAAGAUUGCUGCUGGAGAGACACUGACGCUCGUAUCUAAUUACAGUAGUUCACAAAGACAUACAGGAGUCAUGGGGCUCUUUUACCUCCUGAUUUCCGAUUCAUCAGCUAAACCAGACGCAGUCCUGCACGCUCCAGCUGAAGCACAUAAGAGCAGGAUGAUCUCCGAUUCCGAUUGGGCAGUUGCUCUAUUUGGAGUCGGGCUCGUUGUACUGGCCAUUUUUGUGUUCUACGGUAACAGCAAAAGAGGAGAUGGCUAUGGCGCUAUAACAAGAUGAGCUCGUGCUUUUGCACUUCGUUGAUCUCAAAGUGUGUCUGCAAUUAUUUUAAGAUAAGUUCGUGUGUUUGGUUCGUGGUUUUAUGUUUUGUCUAUCGUUAUUUGAUUUUGAAAGUGUAAUGAGUUGUAUAUCAUGUUGAAGAAGUGUAAGUGAAAAUACUCAACAAAUCCAUAUUAGUGUAUAAUUGAGUGAAUAUGCAUGCAAUUAGAUUUGCAUUGCAUUUAUAA